AUGAUUCUAAGGAAUGCCCUCGUUUUCUUCUUCUUCUGCCUUAAUGCCUACCAAUCCGCCAAGAUCCUUUUCGUCUCCCCCAAUCUCUCCAACAGUAUGGUCAUGUACACCGGUCGAAUGGCUGACGUCUUGGUCAAGGCCGGACAUCAAGUCACCUUCUUCAUCCCUGAAACUUCCACUUUCAACAAAUUGAAUGGCACUAAAUUGGCCAAGGUUGUUCGAAUGCAUGAUUUGGGCCGAUUCUUUGAUGAGGUUAUGAUGUCCCAUGGUGAUCCAUUUGAAGCCCAAUCUCCGUCGUUUUUCGAUCAUCGGAUGGAGGUGAUCAGCCAGUACAGAGUUUGCGAAGGUAAGAAGCUUUAGGCCACGGUCAACGCAAGUCUUGCUAGAGAUGUCUGAAAUCUUUUUUCAUCCUCUGUUUCCAUGAAUAUAAAAUUUGAUUUCCAGAGAUUCUGAAGCGCAAAGAUGAGCUCGAAGCCCUCAAAGCCGAGAACUUCGACUUGGCGAUUGCUGACAACGUUGAUUUCUGUGAUAUAUCUCUAAUCCACAUGCUCGAAAUACCCGUUCAUAUUUGGACUACAACCGGGCCAAUGCACGAAAUCGCUGCGUGGGCUUUGGGGGUUCCCUCUGAAUCCGCCUACGUUCCAGCCACCUGGGACAAUUUCCUGAGCCCUGUGAUGAGCAUUGGGGAAAGAGCCUACAAUCUGCUUCAACAUUACGUUGGCCGAAUCCAUGCUUUGGAAUUGGACAUUCAGGUAUGCUACCAUCUUACUCUCUUCUUGAGCAAGAGCUUAAAAUUUAAUCAUUCAGAGUUCAAACUACAGUAUCCCUUAUUUUACUUUCUAAUCAGUUUAAGAGUUCACAGCAUGCGUGAAUUUCCGCAUGUUUCGAAAAACCAGACAACAUGCGAAUAAAUAAGAGAGUGGGGAAUUUUUUAUUUCGACAUUCCCUUUGACACUUAUGUGCACUAUAAACACAAACCUUUGUUUCUAGGGGAUCAGUUUCCUUCCAGGCUGUUUUUGACCUACCGAGUGCAUUCCUGAGCACCUUUUCGAAUAAAUAGUGCGAGAGUUCAGGAGAACUGUGUGGUAUUUCGAAAGGUGUGAGUAACAGGAGAGAACAGAAUUUUUGGAAUCUUUAUGUGGAGGAGCGAAAGUGCAAAUUUUGAAAUUUCCGUAGCGUUUAUGGUCCUCAAUUGUUGAUGACAAGGCAUUUUUGAGAGUUUUAUUCCAAAAUUUAAAAUUUUGAAAUGACUUAUUUUUUGCGUUUUUUAUCCUGGAGGAAUCAGCUGCUGAUGAUCACACUUUGUGGCCUCAAUUUCUACUGUAUUACCACACAAUCAGUUCACGUGCUUUUUGUGACAACGUUUCUUCAUCACCCUCUCUUUUCGCACUGUGCAAUGAUAAAAAACUGCAGUAUCGGGAAAAAACAAAAAUUUUCUUUGCUCCCUCUUCCUCUGAAUUAUUGUUUGAUCAACAAUAAUUUAGACCAAACAGUCAACUGAUUGUUCCGAUAGUGUGUUUUGACAAGAAAACAAAUCUAAAUGACAAUGAUGGACUUAAGCCGAUUUGCCCGGAAAUCAUUACAAAAGGAGGGUUGUAAAUAAUUAAUGGAACAGCAAUGACGCACUCUGAUAGUGAGUCUGCCUUGAUGCCUUUGAGGGAAUUGAUCAGCUAGAGUAGAGGGAUUAAAAAAGAUUAAAAAUUUUGAAAAAUUGAAAACAGUAAACAAGAAAACAGGAAAGCUCUGCAAAAAAAAUCUGUUUUAAAUGCUGAUAAUGGAAAUAAUCCUUUUUUUCAGGUAACCCGGCUUUUCCGCAAGUACGUCCGCCCUGAUUUCCCAUCGGCCGCUGCUUUGGCCGCGGACUCGGCCAUCAUGUUCAUGAAUGGCGAUCAAUUCUUUGAUCCCGUGCGGCCUUUGCCUUCCAAAUGCAUCAACAUUGGGGGUGUUGGACUUACCAGGCCGCAGAAACUUUCAGCUGUAAGUUUUUUUUCAUAAAUUCAACAAAUACCUAUCCAAAAACCGAAGAUUUUACUAAAAUGGGUCUGAAAUAGGUUCCAAAAAGUCGCAACAUUACGAUGCCAAGUAAUGUUUGCAAAGGUCCCAUAUUUUCGUUUUUUGUAACAUCCGCAUCCAGACACAGCAAAGUGCUGAUAACGUAUUCUCAAAAAACGGCUGGCGCGUGACUCUUGCGUUAGAGUGCAACAAUUCCAUUCUUUAUCAGAUUACUUUCAUUUCUUACUGUAACAGUCUUUGAGGCCUAAAAGUGCAACAGCUUGUUGGGUAACGGUUAUCUGUCUCCGUCAUAUCAUCGAACGAUUAUUAAAACAUAAAAAGUUCAAAUUAAAAAUCGAAACCGCGGGAAAUGAAAGUUUCGGGCCGUUCCUUAAAUUUUGGUAAACAAUUUUUACAGUACUAACUAACGGCUUUGAUUAUAAAAAUAUUUCAGGACUUCCAAGAGAUGGCCAUGAAAGGAAAGAAAGGAUUCAUCAUCUUUGCCUUAGGCACUGCUGCACCAACUCGCGCUGUAGCGUCGUGGAGAAAGAAGGCUUUGGUCGACGCUUUCGCCAGAUUCACGGAUUACCACUUCAUCGUGAAGAUGGAUUCUGAAGACUUUGACUUUGAGAACAUGACAAGACAAGUUGACAACAUUGAUGCCGUCUCCUGGAUUCCCCAGAGCGACUUGUUGGCGCAUCCUCGAGCCAAGCUCUUCAUCACUCAUGGUGGAUACAACAGCAUCCUUGAAAGUGGAAUUCGCGGAGUCCCAAUGCUGGUUUUGCCCCUCUUCUUCGACCAACAUCGCAACGCCAAAGCCAUUGAAUACCGAAAGCUUGGAAUCGCCUUGGAACCCUCGAAAAUCACCGGCGAUUUGGUGGCUUCUAAGCUCUCCGAACUCCUCACAAAUCCUAUUUAUCAGCAAAAUGCGGAUCGCCAUUCCCGACUCUUCCGAACCAAGCCCGACCAGCCGGACGAAACACUCAUUAAAUGGGUCGACUUUGUUCUGCAGAAUGGAAAUCUUCCAGAGCUGAGGCCUGAAUUGGCCAACAUGAACUUCAUUGUGUACAACAAUCUGGACAUUCUCGCUCUGCUCGUUAUGAGCGUGACAUUGUGCAUCUAUUUGGCGGUUCUCUUGUGCCGAAAAUUCUCGCAACUUCGGGAGAAUUUGAUGGUAGUCAAGUUGAAGUACGCUUAG